AUGGAUGUUGUAGUAGAAGUGUCGUCGAUGGAGCGACUUACAGAAUGUAACUUGGCUUACUUCUAUCAGAUCCCGAAAGGUCUGUUCAUCAAAGUUGAAGCUAUGAACGAGACCUUGUUCAAUCAUUGUUACCUGAGCUCUUCUUGGAACCUGGAGGACUUGUCUGAUUCUGUGGCUGUCACUGAUCUCAAGCCUCUGAUUAUCUUCUCCAAGAAGCAGAUGAGGAAGGUUUUUGUGUUUAAGGACGAGUUCAAGUUCCCAGUUCAUUUUAGAUAUAAUCCGGCUAAAUACCCGGAGGGUAAGCUGAUGCAAAUAUAUUUUAUAUUGUUAUCGUACAUAUAAUUAUAAUGUAUGUAAUAUUUAAUGUUUUUGUAUUUUUACAGUGUACUAAUGAUGCAAAUCGAAGUUUUACGUUGUUUUAGAGCUUCCCCCAAUAGUAGAAAUUGCGUCUCCAAGAGUUUACAUCAGAUGUAUGGAGAACAAAACCUUGCUGGAGGAAGAAACUUGCUACAAGAACAGAGAAAAUGUAGGUUGAAAGAGCAGACUUAAUACUAUUAUAAAUAGGAUAAUAUAAGGUUAUAUAUAGUCAUAACUUUACUUUUUGUAAGAUUUUAUAGUUUUACUUCAUUUUAGUUAGCUUGUGGAUGCAACCAAUCACCUAGAUGCAGCUAUAUUCGUCUCAAUGCAUCAGCUUCAUCUCCCAAACAGAAGGCUACAGUACCUUCUGGAGACAAGUCCAAGGUACAAUUGGUAGUGGCUUCUACCUUGGUCUUUGUGUUCGUAUGUUUGGUGGUGAUAUUUGUUUCUACUCCAGCUCAAAAGUCAAAGAAAAAGUGA